AUGUCGGAGAUCAGAUUCAGCAAUCUUACUUGGGAUCACAUUGUAACACUAGAUCGUGUGUUAGAUGAAGUGAUUCCAGUUCAUGGAAAGGGAAAUUUUCCUACAUUGGAGGUAAAACCAAAAGAUAUAGUUCAUAUUGUGAAAAUUCAACUCAUAAAACAAGGGAUAAUUGUUAAAGAUACCCGAUUGAAUGGUUCUACAGCAAGUUAUAUUCUCGCAAGCCAUAAUGGAAUCAGCUAUAAAGAUCUGGACAUUAUUUUUGGUGUUGAACUACCAACUGAUCAAGAAUUUCAAGUUGUUAAGGAUGUAGUUUUAGGUUGUCUACUUGAUUUCUUACCAAAAGGUGUCAAAAAAGAAAAGAUUACCCUAAGGAUCAUGAAAGAUGCUUAUGUGCAAAAAAUGGUCAAAAUUUGCAAUAACAGUGAUCGUUGGAGUCUCAUCUCUCUUUCAAAUAACACUGGGAAGAAUGUAGAACUAAAAUUCGUGAAUUCACUCCGACGACAGUUUGAGUUUAGUGUAGAUUCUUUUCAAAUUCUUUUGGAUUCCAUGCUAGACUUCUAUAGUGCCCCCAAUGCUAAGUUAACCAAAGAAUCUUGUCCUAUUGUGGUAGCUGAAAGCAUGUAUGGGGACUUCCAAGAAGCAAUGAUACAUUUAAAAUACAAGCUUAUAUCUACCAGAAAACCUGAAGAGAUCAGAGGUGGUGGCCUUUUGAAGUAUAGCAAUUUGUUGAUUCGUGACUUCAAACCAGCUUGUGAAGCAGAAAUUAAGACCCUAGAACGUUAUAUGUGUUCUAGAUUUUUCAUUGAUUUCCCUGAUGUAGCAGAACAGCAAAAGAAAAUUGAGUCAUACCUUCGCAACCAUUUCAUAGGUGAAGAAAAGAACAAGUAUGAUUAUCUAAUGACUUUACAUGGAGUUGUAAACCAAAGCACUGUCUGCCUCAUGGGAUAUGAAAGAAGGCAGACUCUUAAUAUGAUCGUGCUUUUGGCUUUAAAAGUACUUGGAGAACAGAACAUUCUACCCUGUACAGACAAUGUAACUUGCUUUUAUCAACCUGCUCCAUACUUAGUUCUAGAGGGUGGUUACCCCAGUUACUAUGUAUCAUCUGGGCCACCAUUUAUUUUCUUCCAACCAUAUAAUAUAGCACACUAUACUGUGCCAAAUGGUAUGAUGUAA